AUGCUAGAGAGUGGCCACGUUUUGGCCCAUAGAAUUCUUGUUGUGGGAAUGGAAAAGUUAACGUUUGAGUGGGCAGUAGGGGUGAGUUUUGUGCAAGGGGAUUAUUGGGCACAAGUUGUUGGUACUGUGGGAUUGUGGUGGAGAAAGGUAUGCUUGUUGCGAACGGAGGUGUUUGGAAAGUCAUUGUUUGGUUUCUCACCAUCUGAUUCAAUGGUGGUGUCUAGAAAACCACCGGUUGUUCACCUGCCAUCUGGUUUAGCGGUGGUGUCUGGAAAACCACCAGUUGUUUGCCUGUCAUUUGGUUUGGCGGUGGUGUCUGGAAAACCAUCAGUUGUCUGCCUACCAUCUGGUUUAGCGGUGGAGGUUGUGACAAAGUCGGUGUGA